AUGAAAGUUAAUAAAAGAGACACCAGAAGUUAUAUGUUGAGUGUUUGCAAAACGACGGAAAUUAAAGCACUUCACGAAAAUAAAGCACAUGUGCUUUAUAUUUUUAAUAUAAAGCACGUGGGUCCAGUUCCGCAAAAGACGGUAGGAUUCCUAAGAUUCCUAGAAAUACCAUGCAUAGGAAUCCUAAGCAUCCUAGGAAUCCUAGGAAAAUUGCAGGAAAUAGGAAAUGUAUGGUAUUGUGUGAGAAAUGGAAUUGUGGGAAGUCAAAUAUGUGCCUCAGUGUGUAAAUUAAAUGAUUAA